AUCUUUGCUUUAAUAUAAUUUCAAAUCUCAAAACCUAAUUUUUUUUUUUUGGAAACAAAACAGAAACUCCAUUUAAGGCGUUUCUUUCUCUGCCUCUCUUUGUGUUAUAUGAUAUUUUUUUCUUUUUAGGUUCUUGAAAAUUAAUCAAGAACAAUGAUGGAGGAGAAAAUAGAGAAGCCCCAUGAUCAAGAAAGUGAAGAUGACGUUGAUGAAUACGAAGAAGAAUUGAUCUUUAAAUUGCUCGAAUCGAACGAAAAUAUCGUCGAUAUCGAAUCAAAAUCAAUCCGAGAGGACGAAAAGAUGGUAGUUUCGUCCAACGAAAUGAAGCUACGGAAGAAAAAAGCAUUAUUGGAUUUUAGAUGCAUGGUAGAAGAUGCAAUUCUUGGAAAUUAUGUUCUUGGAGAACCACAUAAAAGCAUUUCGAAACAAGAAAUUAAAAAAAUGAAAGAACAACUUAGAGAUAUAACCCUAUGGGGGGUGCCUUUAUUGCCAAGUAAAAGCCAUGAAAGCACCGAUAACAUUUUCUUGAAAUUCUUGAAAGCAAAAGAGUUUAAAGCUGAAGAAGCCUUCGACAUGCUUCAGAAAACGCUAAAAUGGCGAAGAGAAUACAAAACGGAUACCAUUCUCGACGAGAAUUUGAAUCUUGACGUUGUUCUUGAGAAAAUUUUGUAUAUAAAUAGUGUAGACAAACAAGGGCGGCCUCUGUAUUAUACAUUUUAUGGAGCUUUUAAAGAUAAGGGAUUGUAUAGAAGAGUUUUAGGAACCGAAGAAGAUCGCGAGAAAUUUUUGAGAUGGAGAGUUCAAUUUAUGGAAAAAAGUAUUAAAAAACUUAGUUUUAAACAAGGAGAGGCAGAUUCUAUGCUUCAAAUUAUAGAUUUCAAGAACAGUGGGUCUGAUAUGAAGGAACUACGAGCUGUUACCAAGAAAGCUUUUCUGAUUGCUCAAGCCAAUUAUCCUGAGAUCAUUCACAAAACUAUAAUGAUAAACGUCCCAUUUUGGCAUUACACAUCACAUUUAGUGUCGUCGAAGAUCAUGAAUCAUAGAACAAAGGGCAGAUACAUUAUUGCUAGGCCAUCCAAAGUUACUCAGACCCUUUUAAAGUACAUAUCUCCUGAAAACCUUCCAGUUGAAUAUGGAGGCUUGAAGAGAGAAAAUGAUGUUGAAUUUUCUUCAGAGGACGUAGCUUCAGAGCUAAUUGUAAGAACAAAUUCAGCUGGAUGCAUCAAAAUUCCUGUAUCCGAGGCUGGGGUAACAAUGGUAUGGGAUUUUACUGUGGUUGGAUGGGAAGUGACAUGUAAAGAAGAGUUCAUUCCAGAUGAUGAAGGCUCAUACAGAAUUCUGCUGAGGAAAUAUAAGGAAAAGAAAAUGGGUGAAAGUGUUAGAAAUUCUUUUUACAUUAGUGAACCUGGAAAAAUAGUUAUUACCAUUGAAAAUACAACCCUCAAAAAGAGAAAAAUUUAUUAUAGAUCUAAAUCCAAACCCUAUGUACCCACUUACAUGAUCAAUAAAAAAUAGCUUCAUUUAAA